GUCUUCUGUCUCCGUGGAAACCGUAUCAAACAAGGAAGUCCUGUGCAGGUAAACGACAUCGCGCCUGUUGUUUAUUAACCUAAUGCGUAAUAAACAAAAGACCAGGCGGGAACUUUUCUCCCGCUGUUACUAAAAUAUUUCAACCGUGCGUCUAUUAUCGGACACAGCGUCUGCAGCGCUUUUCCUGUCUUUCUCCCGCCAGUUUCAUUCCAUCCACAGCGAACACCGAGCUGACUAGCGGACGGAAGCAGCGCAUUAACGUCCUCAGGUGAGCUAACAGGAUGCCCAGGUUCCAGGAGGCGGUGUCAGGUCAGCCUUUGGUUGCUAAGCGAUACAACAUCCUGCAGAGUCUGGGCCGAGGCAGUUUUGGGUCAGUUUAUCUGGUCGAGGACACCAGAGCUGCAGACGGAGAGCAGCUGAAGGUGUUGAAGCAGAUUCCUCUGGGCAACCUUCGGCCCGAUGAGACAGUCCAAGCUGCGCAGGAAGCCCAGCUGCUGUCUCAGCUGCACCACCCAGCCAUCCUCACCUUCUACCACAGCUUCCUGGAGAGAGACGCCUUCUGCAUCAUCACCGAGUACUGCCAGGACCGGGAUCUGGACUGUAAACUGGAGGAGUUUAGACGAGCUGGGAGAAGCCUCCCCGAAAUCCAGGUCAUCGACUGGCUCAUCCAGCUGCUGCUCGGCCUUCACUACAUGCAUGACAGGCGGAUCCUCCACAGAGAUCUGAAGUCCAAGAACAUCUUUCUGAAACGAAACCUUGUUAAAAUUGGUGAUUUUGGAGUUUCCUGCCUGCUGAUGGGAUCAUGUGACCUGGCCACCACCUUCACUGGGACUCUGUACUACAUGAGUCCAGAGGUGCUGACCCACCAGGGCUACGACUCCAAGUCUGACAUCUGGGCCCUGGGCUGCCUCCUCUAUGAGAUGUGCUGUUUGACCCAUGCCUUCCAGGGUCCAAGCUUCCUGUCUGUGGUGAUGAAGAUCGUGGAGGGAGAAAGCCCGGCGCUGCCUGCUGCAUACACUCCGGACCUGAACUCAGUCAUGCAGAGAAUGCUGCAGAAACAACCGUCAUCCAGACCAUCGGCUGCAGAGAUUCUCAAGACCAAGUUCAUGAAGGAGAACAUGCAGAAGAUGAAGGACAGGUUUGUCUGUGUGUCGUCAGGAGGAGAGGAGGAUGCUGAACUCAUCGCCGAGAAAAUGCAGAUGAAGGUCCACCUACAGACAUUGAGGGAGAAGUCUGAGGUGGAGAAGAUGACGCCCAGAGAGAAAAUGAGGCUCCGCAAACUGCAGGCUGCCGAUGAGAAGGCCAGGAGACACCGGAAACUGGCUGAGCAGAAGUACAGAGAGGUCCACACCCGCAGGAGAGAGCUGAGGAGCCUCCACUUUGAAAACGUCAGCCUGGAUGUUCUGAAUGAGAGCAGAGAAGACAGAGGCUGCGCCAGCCAAUCAGCAGCCAGGAUUACCACUCAGCAGGGGGGUCGCAGCCAAUCAGGAAGCAGGAUGAGUCGGACACAGAGCUGCAUGAGCCCCACCUUCUACAUCCCAGAGGACCCUCAGGCUGCAGAGGUUUAUUACAACCAGGACGGGUUUGACUCCUGCUCAGAAGAUGAGGAGACAGAAACACCUGCAGAGACGCAGUCGGACCUGUCAGACCCACAGGUCAGUGAGCUGGAGGCCAUGAUGAAACACAUGGAGAAAGUUUUGGAAGAGGAGCAGAGUGGAGACCCAGCAGAGCCCGAGGCCCCUCAAAGCCCCCAGGGUCCCCCGAUGAUCAACAGCAGCUUGCUGGAGACCAGGAUCCAAAACCUGAGAGAGUCUGUCUGCCAUCGCCUCGGGCCGGACGUUUUCCAGAAGCUGUAUGAGAACCUGAAGGAGGCCAGGCAGCAGCAGGACGCUGAGGACGGCAUCGCACAAGAAGCUCUCAGUUGUCUGGAAGAGAAACCUGAUGUUGGUUUCCAGAUGCACCAGCUGCUGUUUUAUGAGGAAGAGCUGCAGUUAGUGAGGCGGCUGCAGGAGGACAGGCCAACUGUCUGACUGUCUCUAUGAGAAUCAUGAUUUAAAUAACAGACUGUAUGAAGAACGACAUUUGUUACUCUCCAGGUAACCUGUGAGCUGUAGUAUCAGUUCGACAUAUAAAAAUAGAAAAGAGUUUGUGUGGACUGCAGUUUAUUUACACGUAUGUAUGAAAGUGGAAACGCAGCCAAACAGCAGAUGCUUUUGUCUGAAUCAGCUCCAGUUACAGUUUUUGACACAGAUGUGAAGCAGGAUCUGUGAUCAGACUCCUGACAGCUUCCUGGUGAGCUGCCCUGUUUGUGUUGUGGCUCCCAGCAAGCAGCAUUUCACCAGACCGCAGCCUCGCUGGAUCAUGGUCUUUGUUUCAUCUGAUGUUCUGGACAAAUCCAGUAGUUUCCCAGUGAAACCUUCAGCCAGUCUGUUGGAUCAUCAGGUCAGCUGAGCUGUUCUCUGUUGCUUUACCUCUGCUGUCCCAAUACAUAGUUCUGUCCACCUCUACGGUGGCUCCCAAGGACAAAGCAUGCAAAGUCAAAGCACAAACAUUAAGGAAAUAUGCUGCAUGUGUUUCUGCACCUUUCCUUAAUGUCUGCGGAUACAUAUCUGUGGACUAGUGUGACACUAUAGGACUGUGUCUUCUGUCACACGUGCACAGGCUAAACAACACAGGAAGACAUUAGUCUGGUCUAAUCCAGGAUGAUGUCCAGUCAGGGCUCACGACUGCACCUGGAGCUGGAACACUGCAGUUACAUAGCAGGGUAACCCUUUUACUGUCGGCUGUUGUCACCUGGUUCCUGGUGUCUUUACCUUCAUCUGUCCUUUAUUUACAAACCAACUUUUCACCAGUAGUGCAUAAAAAGUCUGUUUAUUUUCACUGUCCGCUAAUAUUCACUUGUUUUCCAGGACUGCUGUGUGAAUAUUUAGCUGUUAAACAACUGUCACACAACAUCACCAUGAU